AUGAUCCCAAUGUGCACGCAAUGCAUGCGUGAUGGAAAGUGGAACCCGGAGAUGCCGGUGGCACAUUUGGUUAAAGGCGACAUUGUCCAUGUGAAGUCCGGUGACGUUAUUCCAGCGGACAUUCGAAUUAUAGAUAGCAAAGGAUUCAAAGUCAGCGUGCAUUUAGAUAAAAAAUUGUCAAGAUAUCUGAUCGUAAUGAAGGGUGCGCCGGAAUGCAUUUUAUUACGUUGUACGACAGUUGCUCUGGAAGAUAAAGAUAUAAAGAUUACUAAAGAAAUCAAGGAAGCUGCAGAUAAAGCCGUUGAAGAUCUCGCAAACACUGGUGAAAGAGUUCUAGCCUUUGCUGACUUAACUUUAGAUCCAAAUGUAUAUCCAAUGGACUUCGAUUUUGAUACUGAUGAAAUAAAUUUUCCGUUAGAGGGCUUACGGUUAAUCGGCAUUAUAGGAUUGAAAGAUCCACCACGAGAGGAGGUUAAAAGCGCAAUAGAGCGUGUGCGUGCUGCAGGUGUCCGCGUGAUGAUGGUGACCGGUGAUCAUCCGGCAACAGCGAAGGCCAUAGCGGUGGAGGUGGGCAUAGCUACAGCUGCCACCUGCCACGUAGUUACAGGCAACGAUUUAAGAAAUAUGAAUCCUGACCUUCUUUAUUUAACUCUUGAGAAGCAUUAUGAAAUAGUAUUUGCUCGGACGUCUCCAACACAAAAGUUGCAAAUAGUGGAGGCGUGUCAGAGACACGGCAGUGUAGUGGCAGUUACUGGUGACGGAGUAAACGAUGCACCAGCGCUGCGACGAGCUGAUAUUGGUAUUUCUAUGGGUAUAACUGGUUCACAGGUAUCAAAACAGACAGCGGAUAUCAUUUUAAUGGAUGACAAUUUUGCGACCAUAGUAACAGGGAUUGAAGAGGGUCGCAAAAUAUUUGACAAUCUUAAGAAAUCCGUGUGCUACAUAUUAAUAUCAAACGUGCCGGAAAUUCUACCCGUUUUGAUGUUUAUAUUGUUUUCCGUACCGUUGCCAUUAGGCGUAAUGACGAUAUUAUGCGUGGACCUCGGUACUGAUAUGUGGCCAGCCGUAUCGUUGUCAUAUGAACAAGCAGAAUCCGACGUAAUGAAGCGGCCGCCACGGCAGUCGGACCCUCUUGUCUCCUCGCGCAUGAUGACACUCGUGUAUGGUCACCUAGGUCUCAUCGAAUUCGCUUCCGGAAUGUUUGCUUAUUUCACUGUAAUGGCGGAACAUGGAUUUUAUCCUACAGAUUUAUUCGGAAUCCGAGAACGUUGGGACAAUGAAGCUGUAAGCGAUUUACGAGACUCUUUAGGCCAGGAGUGGACUUACGCUGAGCGUAAAGAGUUGGAGCGCGCCUGCCAGGCGACGUACUUUGUUGCUGUUGUCGUUACGCAAAUGAUGAAUGGUGUUAUAUGCAAAACUAGAUAUAAUUCGCUACUAGACGUUGGCAUGAAAAAUAAAGUGUUGAAUUAUGGACUAGUAUUCGAACUAGCACUGGCUUGUGUUCUUUGCUAUGUUCCGGUGCUUAACGACUUUUUUUGCACGUACCCGUUGCGUUUUCAAUGGUGGUUUUUAGCGAUUCCAUUCCCUACACUUUUGUUAUGUUUUGACGAAUUUCGUAAAUACUGCAUUCGAAGAGAGCUUUUUCGAGGAUGGUACAAUAAGCUCACAUACUACUAA